UUUCCCUCUUCUCUUCUCUCCAUAACCGGAGCUGCUCACAAACAAACAAACAAGCAAAAGCAAAGAUGUUCCGAAGUCUCGCAGCUGUCGUUCUGCUGGCUGCAGUUUGCUGUCAUGCUCAGGAACCUCAGAGCAAGUCGAAGGUGUGUGCUAAUGUGUUCUGUGGCGCAGGGAGAGAGUGUGCAGUGACAGAGAAAGGCGAGCCUAGCUGCUUGUGUAUUGAGCAAUGUAAGCCUCAUAAGCGUUCCGUGUGUGGCAGUAACGGGAAGACGUACAGAAACCACUGUGAGCUUCACAGAGACGCCUGCCUUACUGGACUGAAGAUCCAAGUAGCACAUGACGGCCACUGCAGAGAGCGGAAAACAGAGAAGGCUUCCUCCAGUCCAGUGGUCUGCUAUGUUGGCGACCGUAACGAACUGCGCAGGCGUGUGAUCGAGUGGCUGCAGACCGAAGUCGUGCCAGACGGCUGGUUCACCAAAGGCUCCAACUUCACUGACAUCCUGCUCAAGUACUUCAAGAACUACGAUAACGGUGACUUGCAGAUGGACUCUGCCGAGCUUCUGAGCUUCAUCCAGCACAACGAGUCAGCGGUGGAGCUGCACUCAUACGCAGAGGAGGAGAACAACCGCCUGCUCAGGAGUCUGUGUGUGGACGCAUUGAUCGAGCUCUCGGACCAGAACGCUGACUGGAAGCUGAGCUUUGAUGAGUUCCUUAACUGCCUACGUCCAGGAUUUAACCCUCCAGAGAAAAAGUGUGCUUUAGAGGAUGAGACCUAUGAAGACGGAGCAGAGACCCAGGUGGACUGUAACCUCUGUGUCUGCGCGUGUGGCAACUGGGUCUGCACUGCCAUGACCUGUGACGAGAAAACCCCAGCUCUUCAGCCAGCUACUGGAGAUGAGGAGAUGACAGAGGAAGAGUGGAGUCUGCGUGUGGCUGAACUCAACAAACAUCAGGAGACUGUGGAGCAGAUGAAGUCCAGCACAAAGGAGGUUUAAAGAAGGUGUGACGAGGAGGAAGAGGUCACAGUCAGGACUCCUUCACACUAUUACUGGGAGAACCACAACAUGUAUUGUUUUUAUUGUUUUUUUUAUCCUAAAGUAUUUUUUAUCUAUCAUUGCAUUUCUCCGUAACAUCAUUAUAAUCGUUUUGAGUUGACAUGUACUGUGUGUCAGUGUUUGUGUGUCACUAAGUGCUGUACAUUGUUUUAUUAUAGCACCAUGCUAAGCCUCGUCCAAGGCGCUCAGCACUAUUUUUGUAUUUUAUUGUUUUUUUUUUGUUGUUUUUUUACUCUAUGUAUUGUUACUUUUUAUUGUUACAUAUUAUUGUCUUUUUUCGAUUUAGAUUUAGAUGGUGCGUAUGAUUGAGACAAUGGCAGUAGAUGGAGGAGAAGAGUAAGGGAGGGAGACCACCUAGACUGACUCAGCGGUAAUCAGUAAGAGACAUGGUGGCGUAGACCGUUAUCUUUGUCAGCGUAUCAAGCCAUGAGAUAACAUGAACGGAAAAAACGGAUUGCAUCACGAGGGUGAUGUCAGCUAAGGUCUCCUUUCACAUACUCUCUGUUUCCAUGCAGACAAGUCAGUCAUAGUCUUGAGACCUUUCAAAAAGGUGCUAAUACGUUUUUUUUUUUCUUUCUUUCUUUUUAUAGCCGCACAGCUUUUCUGGCAUCAGCAUGCUCCUAGAGUACGUCUAGAUUACUAGAUAGAAUUAGGAAUCUGUAGAUUCGUCAACAUGUAGACCUGUACAGGAGCUCCACUACUCCAUAGGCUGUGAUGAUUCUUCAGCUAUCUUGUGAAAAGCUUAGCAGUGACUUUCACAGCAUGGAUUCUCCACUUUGCUCCUGCUUGUGUUCAGCGGAGCGGCUUUAUUUAGAGGUAGUCCAUGUUAAAACUCUGUUGCUGUGCACAUUUCUGUCAUAAGGAUAAAAAUCGAACAAAAUACAAACAGAAUGAGAGUGUUAAUGUGUUGAAUGAUGUAGAAUGAAAAACGGAGUUGUUUGGAGCAGAGGCAGUUUAGCCAAAAAAAAAAAAAAAAAAGCGACCAAAGCCUGAUGUUUAGAUUGUUUAAAUGUUGUAUAGUUCCUCCAGGUAAAUCACUACUCUGGACCCAGCAACAACAUCAUACCUUUUAUUUCCUACAGCUGUCAGAUUGAAGAUUAGAUGACUAGAUUCAGUCACCACUUUAGCUUUAAAGCUUUCUUACCGCGUGUGUGAGUGUGUGUGUGUGUGUGGCUGCAGAAGUGUGUUUGUAUGUUCCUGUGAGUGAUUGAGAAUGUAUGUGCUUCCUUUUUUUUUUUUAUUAUUUCUUUAAUCCACUAAGAUCAAGUUUUUAUGAUACUGAGUGCCUUAAAUAUACAUCCGCAGAUUAAAUGGCCUUCUCUUGUAGGAUUCCAUGAAGAAUUCCUUUGCAGUGUUAUGGUAGUAAAGCAGAAGUUGUCCUGAGCAACGGACUGACACAGAAUAAAACCAUUUCAGUGUAAAGACUAUCUUGUUAUCUUCUAAUUGUCUUUGAAUUUACUUGUAUUAUGACUCUGUACUGUACAUCAAUAAAAGGAAUACACAUCACA